ACAGUGGGAGGGGAUGAAUUAGAGGGUGUGGCAUUCUGCAUAUAACACUCUGCGUGUUUUCCCAGCCCUCACUCCCUCACCAUCACUUGCUUUUCUUUGUUCGUUCAUCGUGAACUCUGCAAAAAAAUCCAAGUCAUCAUGUCACAAAUUCAGCAGGCCAUGGCAAUGUUAAUUGCAGCUUUUCAUAAAUACUCCGGAAAGGAGGGAGACAAAAAAACCCUGACUAAAGGCGAGCUAAAGGACUUGCUUACUACAGAGCUGGGUGAUGUUUUUGGGAAAACCGAGGACAAGACAGCACUUGACAAGAUCUUUAAGGACCUGGAUGCAAAUGCUGAUGGAACCGUGGACUUCCAGGAGUAUGUCACCCUGAUUGCCUGUAUCACUAUGCUGUGCAAUGAAUUUUUUUCAAAAAAAUGAAUGAUUCAUAAAUCAUUAGCCUUGUCAUUAUUAUAAAAUGGUUUUGUCUGUAAAGUGAUGGUGUAUUGAAACUAAUUAAAUACAACAUGAUGUUUUGAAUUAAA